AUGGCGGCGGACGAGAGAUCUGGAACAUCAACUCCUCUGUCUUCGACCGCAACUCUCUCUGUCCCCCCUUCUCCCCGGCUGAAAGCCGAGACCCUCUUGAAGGACGCGGUAGCGAAAAGUUCUCUUAUCUCCGCAUCCACUGCGAUCGAGUUCGUCGCAUCCCGGGAUUCUUCCAGCUCGUCUGUCUUCGUCUACGAUGUCGCCGAACAGGUCGGGUUUGGCAGCUUUACGAAGUCUUGGGCUGCCUCGACGCGCGGGGUCGCCUCGGUAGUUGGUUUGGAGACGCGCGCUGGUGCUGGCCUGAGCCUGGUCGGUAGGUUAUCGCAGGGGACAAGCAAGGAUGCCGCCCGGGGUUCCAUACUGACCGCAUACACCACCCCAUCCGGGCUCGCGGCGAUGGUGCAGUCAUUCUCGUAUCUCCCUCCUCCGAGCCCGACUAGUCGGCUCAUCGUGCAAGUGCCUAACGUAACUGCGGUGGGCGAGAGCUUUGCGCUAUCACCGACACUCGCGCCGUUCACUCCGGCUCUGGCGAUUUUGCCCGACAACUUUGCGGUGCUGUUGUCCGCGGCGCCACGAGAGGCCGUGGAUCUGGCGGUAUUGUCGUACAAGGUGACCACGGCGCAUGUGAUCCACAUAUUUGACCACCAUGGUGCGGUGCGCGAGUCUGGCCAUGGGAUCAUUCCGUCGCUUCCGGAGAAAGAGCUGGGCCUGACAGUGCAGGAGGGUCUCAGCAAGGCCGGGUAUGACGCAUUCGAUUACGCGGGAGACCAGAAUGCUAGCACGGCAAUAGUCUUGCUCAACGGACCGCUUGCUCUGGCUGUGAAGGCUCUCGUCUCUCGGGAGUCCGGGCUGGGAGUUGUGGUUGUGAGGAUGUUGAGGCCAUGGGAUGAGGAUGCGUUGUGCCAGGUUCUCCCUUCCUCGGUGAAGUACAUCCACGUUAUCGAUGACGUACCUACGGAAACGACACAAGGCGCGCUGUACAUGGACGUGUUCGCGUCUGUGCUGGAUCCGAUGAGCUCUAGCCCAGUUGUCAAAUCGCACCGAGUCGUCCCUGCGCGAACACAAGAGUUACUCAGUUCUCCGUCGUCACUAGCGUCGUUCAUGAACGAGAUCUCGCCUGAAUCCGUACCAUCAUCGGCGGUGGAUCUGUCUGCUGGGAAGAAGGUCGUCUUCUUCAGCACGCCCGGGUCUCCGCUGGCCACUGUUGCGCGCAGAGUGGAGGAGACGUUCGUGUCUCUGCCUUCGAUAUCUGCGCGCCUCCUCACCGAUCACGAUGUCUUCUCGAAGCCUGGUGGUAUUUCUGCCGACCGACUUGUUCUCGCUCCUAAGACUGACGUCGCGUCUGUGCCUCUUUCCGUCCUCAUUCCCCUUACACCUAGCGGCCAAGGAGAGGUCGACUUUGUGGCCGUCCUCGACCAGGCCCUACUGAAAUCCCACUCCCUCCUCACUUAUGCUCUCCCCGGCUCUUCGGUGCUCGUGUCAACUACUUGGCCUGCUGCUGAACUCAUUUCAAAUUUGCCUCCUCCCGUGCUUGCGAUCAUUCGCGAUAGGAGUUUGCGCAUAUAUGUUGUUAAUCCGCCAGCAGUCGUCGCCGCAGCUGGCGAGGUAAAUCCACAGGCUUCAGAACUUUUGGAGGUUGCGGCUGUGCAGGCCAGUUUCCUCCGGCUCUACCUUGGCAAAGCGGCCAAUGAAGAGCUUAUACUUAAGCUAGUGCGGGGAACAGUCGGUGAUUUCGUGCAGAGCGUGUCUCUUGAAAAGAUCGGUGGCGACAUUUGGGAUGGGCUGAUUGAGGUUGAAAUUCCUCCGCCAGAUGCCGAGGCAGAGAUACCCAAGCCCGUUGUCCUCAAACACUUCACUUUUAAUGCCAUCGCUGUCGAGACUGACGACGGGAACACCGUGGUCAAUGGUGCACGUCUCGGCUCAUGGCACGAUGCCGCCAAACACAUUAUCUUCCCCUCGGCUUUCACGCCUCCUGACAUCCAGUCUUCUGACUGCACUCAGAAUCCUGCGCUCCGCCCCGAGGUCCCCGAGCAUACGUAUCUUGUCACCUGCACAGUCAACCGUCGCCUCACUCCGCUCGAGUACGACCGCAACGUCUUCCACCUCGAGUUUGACACGCGCGGCACCGGGCUCAAGUAUGAGAUCGGCGAGGCUCUUGGCGUGCAUGGUUGGAAUGACGCCAGCGAAGUCCUUGAUUUCUGCACCUGGUAUGGUGUCGACCCCAACCGCCUCAUCACUCUUCCCGUCCUCGGUACGGAUGGUACUCGAAUGCAUACCCGCACCGUCUUCCAGGCGCUGCAGCAACAAAUCGAUCUCUUCGGGAAGCCAGGAAAGACGUUUUAUACCGAGCUUGCGGAGUACGCUGCAGCGAAGACCGAUCGGUACGCACUGCGCUUCAUCGGUUCGCCCGAAGGCGUUGCGACGUUCAAGAAGCUGUCCGAAAAGGAUACUGUAUCAUUCGCUGACGUGCUGAGGCGUUAUGAGAGCGCCAGGCCUGGGGUGGAGGUCCUGUGCGAGCUGAUCGGGGAUAUCAAACCGAGGCAUUACAGUAUCGCGAGCGCGCAGGCCGUCGUGGGUGAUCAGGUCGAUCUCCUGGUCGUCAGUGUCGACUGGGUGACACCAAGCGGCACUCCUCGCUAUGGUCAGUGCACGAGAUACCUUGCGGGGCUGAAGGUUGGCCAGCAGGUCACCGUCUCCGUCCGGCCCAGUGUGAUGAAGCUUCCUCCAGACCACAUGCAGCCCCUUAUCAUGGCCGGCCUCGGCACCGGCGCUGCGCCUUUCCGAGCAUUCUUACAAUACCGUGCUCUCCUCGCCUCCCAAAACAUCCCCACUGGGCCCGUAUACUAUUACUUUGGCUCGCGGCAUCGCUCGCAGGAGUAUCUGUACGGCGAGGAGCUCGAGGCGUUCAUGGCGGACGGGAUCAUCACUAAGGCGGGGCUUGCGUUCUCGCGUGACGGCGCGCGGAAGGUGUACAUCCAGCACAAGAUGCUCGAGGAUGCGGACGACCUCGCGAGGAUGCUGUGGCAGGAGCAGGGCGCGUUUUACCUGUGCGGCCCGACGUGGCCCGUGCCGGAUGUGUACGAGGCAUUGGUGGGUGCGCUUGUAAAACGUACGGGCAUGGAGGCAGCGAAGGCGGGUGCGUUUUUGGAGGGGCUGAAGGAGGAGGAGCGGUAUGUGCUCGAAGUAUACUGA